CUCGAAUUGAAACCUGGAAUUUCUAUCCAUCCAUGUGCCGGCAGCAGCCGGGUGACCCAACAACGGACAACGGGCAACAUACCACAGUAACUCGGCAACUCGAGUAACCCGAUAAUGUCGCAACCUCUCCGUAUGCCGAAACCCGAAACGGCGCUUCAUCUCUACCGCCAUAUUCUCCGCGAAGCGUCAUACCUCCCCCCCAUCGCGCGGCGACCGGUGGACAAGCAAAUUAAAGACAAGUUCCGAAGAAAUCGGGAGGAUGAAGAUAAAAUCACAAAACAUCUCCGCCAAGCAAACCAUGAUCUCCGUGCUCUACGGGCAGCCAAUGCCGGCGAUAUGGGCCGUAUGCGCCGGGUGCUCCUCCGGGCCUUUGGCCGCAUUGGCCGCCGACGCCGGGAGCUUAUCUCGCAACUAGUUCACCGCGACAUACCCACCAAUACGGAGGAGCUGGCAAAGUACGCCGCCCAGAUGGCCGAUAUUGCAGAGAGAUACAAGACGCUGGACUGGAUGGAUGAGUGGGACUUGGAGAAGCUGCGCACACUCGCCCGCUCCCAAGUGCACGCUGAUCCGAAUAAUGCCCCCAAGGCGGCCAUCACUGAUAAUCAGACCGCGCCGGAGAAGAACCUGCCCAAGGAAAAUUCGUGGGGUCGCCCGCUCCCCCGCAAACUGGCACGGACAAAACUGAAGAAUAUGUGGAAAGCACUGGCGGACAAGGUCAUGCCACCACUCCCCGUGGCGGAAUGGAAGAAGCUCGAAGCCAUCGCCGACGGGACUAUGUCGGGCCCGUGGCUUCCUCCUCCCCGGAGACCUUUAGCACAAACUGCGCCUGAGGAUGCGCAAAAGAGCCAAAGUUGGAACUGGCAGUCAUACGCUAUCAGACCGGUCGCUGUUGUCGACAGACAAGCCAACCGGAGAAACAAGCUCUUGAGCGGGGCAGUGGACGACAACACGCCAACUGGAGACCCGCCGGCGAUCGACCGCCACAAGUUCACCCCGCGGACCUGGCGACGGCUACUCAGUAAUAUCUGGCAACUGAGCCCGGCCAUGACGAAGAAGCCAAAUGGCAAGGGUUGGGAUGUCACCUGGGGCGGACUGGAAAAGCAGCCGCCCCCGGCGAGGGCAAGCAACAUGGAGUUCUUCAGGGACUUUCCGGCUGUGGAAGAGCCCACAUCUCAACGCAAACGCGGAAGACGAUGACCGCAUCGGCGCGUUGAACUUGUUCAGUGUCGCGAAUGC